AUGGAUCCUACAAGCCCUAAGAAACCGAAACGUUUUCGGUUUCAAAUCGGUGAACAUGUUGUGCCGGAAAUGGAUUCGGGAUCAACUGAAACUGUCCAAACUGAGGAAAACUCAUUGGCGCCACUUUUGUCGACACCAUCCGAGGUUUCACCACCGCAAAUGUCGAUUGUCACAGAUUUUCCGUCAGAGUAUCAAUCCGGAUCGUCUUCUCCAGUCAACAAACAAGUAGGUUUUGGCGUUGAAAAUAAUUUUUUUUUGAAAAAAUUGAGCUUAUUCAAUUUUUGUCUUUAAAAACAUUUGGUUCACAAAGAAAACCAAGAAAAAAAAAACAAAAUUAGACUGCAUUUUCAAUUUUCAGAACGUGAUUGAUCUCUUCUAUGUGAGCCAUCCAUCACCAAAUGAAGAUCGUUGGGUCGAAAAAUCGCGUUUUAUUCGUUAUGAGGAAGAUCGUGAAGGAUAUGACAAUCAUUUUGGAAAACCACAUGUUCCAUGCAUUCCUAUGGAACAUUAUCGAAACCUUUUUGCAAAUCGCCAACAAAUCAAUUGUUAUGACAGAUGUUCCAUAUCUUAGCUUCGACUCGUUUUGUGAUUAUUUGGAAGAGCAAAUGGUGGAUCCAGAAAUUCCGAAUAUUGGAAAAAUUAUCGUUAAAUUGCUUAUGAGUCGACGAGGGUGAGUUUUGAGGAAUCGGCAAAAAAUAUGUUGAGCAAGUGCUUAUCUUUUUUGAAUGAAAAUUGAUAAUAAAAGUGGUUUUAAAAGUGAGAUGUACAGACUUUUAUUCAAACGGAAAUUACGGAAUGCUUUAGGGCGUCAUUUUUUUUAUGUGAAAAGUUAGUUUACUACACUAGAUUUUAUAGAUUUGAUAAUCAAAACUCGGAAAUUUUCUCUAACAUUUUUUUUCUGAAAAAGGGGAACUUUAAAAAACGGAUUUUUUUUAAGGAUAAACUAACAACCUCAAUUCUGAAAUUUUAAAAAGAAUUUUGAAAUCCUAACAAAGUUUAUCUAAUUUUAAUUUCUUAAUUUUCCAGCGAUGGUUCUUCAAACGGUCCGUUUCGAACAAGACGUUUGUCGUCCAGCCAAUCGCUUGCUAAAUCAACUGAUGGUAGAAAACUAUAGUUUUCUCAACCCCAAACAAUUCUUUUCUCUUUUCAGGCAACAAUUUUCGAUUGCGACAACUUAUGUCAGUGCCAAAUAAUCUUCACGCGUUGCAAAAUGCUCCAAGCAGCCGAAAAUUGACAAACGCUUUGUCAACUCUCAAAUUUUUGGCUGGGUAAAUCAUUUGUCAAUUCAAGUUUGAAGGAAAAUAAAAUGAAUUUUCAGUCAAAUCGAAGAGGAAACUGAUGUUAUCAAAGAAGAAACAAUGAUUAUUGCUGGAAGUGUUUCGGAUUUGGAAAAAUGUCGAUUGAUUAUGAUUCGUUUUGAAGAUGCUGCCCAUAUUCCAGAACUCACUCAUAGUUCAAUCGAUGUUCGAUGCCUUUAUUUUUUGACUGGCCCUACUGUUGAGCAUAUGAAUUAUGUGGAUAUUGGAAGAGCUUUGGGAUCGGUUUUGUCAAAUCCGGUGAUUUUAAAAAUUCUUUCUGGAACCCGAUUUCAUGAUUUUUGAAAUACAUAACACAAAAUAUUUUGUUUCAGUGAUUUUUGUGUAGUAAACAUUUCCAGUUUUUUUUAAACUUACAUAUUUUGACCAAUCUAAAAGUACAUCGCCUCAAAUAAUUCUUCAGCAUAAAAAUAGACCUCACGUCAGUUUAAAAAAAAAUUUUUUUUUCGAAAUUCAUUUUCAGUAAAAAUAUAGUAUCUUUAAUUUCUUGCUCCUCGCCACAUUAGCAUAUUUUAUUUCUCAAAAUUUUCCUGCUCUUUUCGAACUCACUGAAAUUUUGAGCAUUGAGCCAAAGUUUUUACAGAGUUUUUUGUGAGACUUGCAAAAAAUAGCUUUCCAAAAUAUUGAAAAUCUUCAAUUUUUCAAAUUGAUUCUGUCUGGAUCAUUUUUGAAGUGCUCUUUGCUUUAUUUUGUUCUCGGAUUUCAAAGAACAAAAUUCUUUUCAACAGUUUUGGCUGAGAAUUAUAUAGUUUAUCAAUAUAUUUUUUUCUGUCUGACACAUUUUCAAUUUUUUGUUUCUAAACUUUUUUUUGAAAAGCUGUUUUCCUGGUCUAUGUAGAUAAGUAAUAUUUUCUGCCGAAAAAAAAUCCAGUUUUUUUCUUUCUCAUUCACCGCAAACCUUGAACAUUAAACCAAAUAUUUUUCCAGAUUGUUUUGUUAAACCUCUAUUUAGUUAUUUUUUAUUUUGAAUUUUUCAUUCUGACUUCUGUUUGUCGUAGCGAUAUUUUGAAAAAAAAGUUCUGCAAAAAAACAUGACCUUAUCAAAAAAAGAAUAUGUGUCAAAGGAUAGAGAUAGACGAAAAUUGUGUCAACUUCUGAUUGAGUUUGAAGCCUCUAGUUUUUAGGGAGCGACCUUAAUUUUUAAAGCCUGAAAUUAUAUGGGUGGGGUGCUAAUCUAACAUUAAAAUGUAUCUUUUGAGCCGUAGAAAGCCAUGACCGUAGAUUUUGCAUUUUAGUCUUGGAAUUUUUCAAUAAAAAUACAUUUCUGUUGUCUAAACACUUUUUUCAUUAAUUAAAAAAUAGUCUAGACGCUGCUAAAAACCAUAUGAAAUAGGAAAAUCUGCAAAAACCCACAGUAAUUGAUGAUUCUUAUUGUAAAUAUAGUGUUUUUUUCUAUGAUGUGAUCAUAAAACAAGAAAGAUGGUAUAUGUUUUAUCAGUCUCACUUUAUGCGUGGUGUUUUUUUUGGUCUAUUUCUGUUUGUAUAUGUUUUGUUCAUCUAUUCAUCCAUCACUCCAUUCAUUCAUGUUUUCUCUUUGAUUACCCACUGAUCUUCAAAGAACACUACCAUAAACGUCAUCUUACCAAAGUCAAAGCCAAAAAAAGUGAUAAGAAAACAGCCUUGUUUUGAGUGGCUGGAAUGGUUAACCUUUUUCAGCUAUAAAAUAAAAUAUUCUAGUAUUUUUCACUGAAUAUACAUAUUUCCUAUUUCGUUUUGGAAAAAAAAAAAAUUUUUUUUUCAGGAAUUUUCUGGUUUAUUCAACACAUUGGUGAACGCCGAUCAUAUAACUUCAACAAUUGAACAGUAAGUUUUUUCUUUUAACAAAAAAAAGUCUGCUACCGGGUUGGGUUUCUAUAAAAAAAGUAAAAGAGAAAGCGAACAAUGAUUUCAUUUUUCUACCAUUCUCGAUGGAAGAGUUCAAAUAUUUCAUUAUUAAUAGUAUGUGAAAAAAACCACACAUACACAAAACAAAAUCGGGUUACCCGAAAAUAUUUGAUGUUGUAUUUUUACAAAAAUAAAAUAUUUUUGUGUUUCAAAAAUUUUCAAAAAAAAUAAAAAAGAAAUGUUUUUAGCUACUUAUCGGAAUCGGUUGUUUUGGCGCCGGGAAGAAUUGACAACAAAUAUUUGGUGGCCGGUGAUUUGAUCCGUAAAGUUGUCAAUAAACAAGCUGACAAACACGACAAAACUGUACAAGACGGUAAUUGACUUUUCUACUUUUUCAUGUUUUUUUUCCUUUUUUUCGUUUGACAAUACUUUUCAUCUUUGGAUUUUUGUAAAUUCAUUUUUGAAACAGUGACAAAAUCUAAAUUGAAAUUUUUUUUUAAUUCGGGCCAGCGUAUUUUUGAGGAGGGGCUGAAGAUUUUCUAUGUUUUUAUGUUUUCUAAUGUGCCUGUAAAUCUGUAACAAAAAAUAGUUUUUAUCAAGAUAAUCUUUAAAAUUUCAUUAUUUUCUAUUUUUCAACACAUAUUUUUUGAACAGUGAGAAAUCUAGUCCGAAAAAUGUAUUUGGAACACACACAUCCACACACUAAAAAAAACCCUAGCGUCAUAAAAUAGAGAUGAUUUACCACCUUUAACCCAUCCAUAUCUGCCAUCAAAUAUGGUUGAAUGAACGACUAAAUUGCAUACCCUUUCUAGUUUUUUUUUGACAUUGAUAUACUGUUUUUUUUUGUGUGUGUAUGUGCCCUGAAUUUUGACCUUUUUCAAUUUUCAAUUUUCAACCCCAAACCAAAAAUAGUUUUUUUUUCAAAAUGAUAAGAAAAAAUUCUGAAAUUAUUUACUUUUUCAACCAAUGUAUUUUCUAUAUUUUGGUAUGGUUCUCCAAAAAAUCUUUACUUUAAUUUCAAAAAUUUUCAGCGGAGAUUCAACGCAAAGAAAUGGACGUAAAUGUCCAGAAAAAAGUGGAUCUGGAAAAAUCGCAGCCGCCUGAAAAACAAGAGCAAAAAUGGGGUUUGUUCAGUGGAAUGAUUGAGGAUAUUCGUCAUCGAUCACAAUUUUAUUCGUAAGUCUGGGGAAACGUUGGGGAUUUUUUUCGAAUUUUUCAAAAAUUAUUUCGUACCCACAAAAUUAACUAUCUAGGAACUUUUUCAGAGUCUGCAUUUUUUUCAUUAUUUCUUCUUAAAAAUUUGUCUAAAAUUAUAACCUUCUCAAAAUAAUUUCAUAAUUUCAAAAAAUGAACUUUGUCACAUUCAUUUCUUGUUUUUGUGCCUUUUUGUAAAAAUAAUAAUUCUGGUUAGAAAAAAACUGGUUUCAAAACGAAAGCCACGUCAUCAAUCUCUAAUCUAUCAAGAUUGAUGGAUUUGGGAAGCGAACUUUUUAAAAAUUGGGCACGUGAAAAGUCUGUGAUGAUAUGGGAAAAGAUGCAUGUGAAAACAUUUUUCAAAUUUGAAUUUUCAAAAUUUUCCCAUUUUUUCAGCACCGAUUGGUAUGAUGGAAUGAAUAUGCAUGCAUUGAAAUCUACAAUUUUCAUGUUUUGCGCUUGUAUUGCGCCAUCGUUGACAUUUGGUGGAUUGAUGCGUUAGUUUUUUUCUCGAAAAUUAUUCAUACAGGUUUUUCAGAAUUUGAAUUGAUGGUUGAGAUUUCUAUAAUCCUCUCAAAACUUCUGCACUAACCCAGUAAAAAAUAUACCUAAUAAUUUUCAGAUGUCUAUACUGGCGGUGCAAUGGGAGUUUGGGAAACUUUGAUGAGUCAAUGUAUUUCGGGAGUUAUUUGGAGCAUUUUUGCUGGCCAACCUUUGAUUAUUGUCUCAUCAACUGGUCCAUUUUUGGUUUUUGAACACGCUUUAUACCAGGUUGUUUUGAAAACGAAACACCCAAAAUCCAACAAAUAAUUUUCUAGAUUUGUGUUGCGCAGAAUCUCGAAUUGAUGGUUGUUAGAUUCUGGGCCGGUGUGGCAAUUUUUGUAUAUUCGUUGAUUGUUACAGCGUUUGGCGGAGCACGUCUUUUGAAAUAUUUGACAAUGUUUACCGAGGAUAUAUUUUCAGUUUUGAUUUCAUUGAUUUUCCUGAAUGAGGUGGUCAAAUUCGUGAAGGAGGUAGAUUUUUUUUUUCAAUUUUUGAAUAACAAAUUUUGAAAAUAAAUUUCAGGAAUGGGAAAUGAACCCAGUGCACCAAUAUUCAUACUACAAUCAACAACGUCUUGCAUGUCUCGACAAUGAAACGGAAACCGAUUGUAGUCAUUUAAGCGCGCCAAACAGCUUUCUUUUAUCAUUCAAUAUUAUCAUUUGCACGUUUGUCAUCAGUUUUGUCUUUAGACAACUUAGCCGAUCUCGUUGGUUCGGAAGAAAUGUGAGUUUUUUUGCACGCUGAAGUUUUUAAUUUUAAUCAUUUUUUUACAGUUCCGAAAUAUUUGUGGUGACUUUGGUAUCUUUUUUGCAAUUCUCAUCGUCUCGACAUUCCGAUAUUUGUUGUUCAAUGAUGUUAAUAUAGAGGUGAGUUAGAAAAAAUUAUUUUUGUUGAGUUUAACUCAAAAAUUCUGGGUGUACUGCACUAUUUUGUAAUUUAAUUUUUUAAAAAUUCACAAAGAAGGCCAAAAAUCUCAAAAAAUCCCCAAUUCAUUAAAAUUUUGUGAGAAUUUAUCAUUCAUUUUCCAGAAUUUGAGGCAAUUUACAUUUAUUAAAUUCAAGUUUCUUUGGAUUUUUUUUAAAUUUCUCUCUUAUUCAAAAAAUUGUGCUGUCACAUUUCGAAUUCAAAUUUUAUCAAUUUCAAUUUUGAACAGACGUUCUGGCGCUAAAAACAUGAAAUUUUUUUUGAAUUCGAGAUUAAACAAAGAUCAAAAUACAAACAAUUAUGAAUGAUGUCGGUGUGAUUUUUUUCACUAGAAAACUGCAAAACGUUUUGAUCUCGCAACUAUUUUCAGGGGGUUUUUAUAUUUAUAAAAAAUGUUUUUCAGACUCUCGAAUUGCCAAGCAAAACGCAUAAUCAUACAAUUUCUAACUCUACCGGAAUCAUUGAAAAUGCCCACUUGAUUCUCAUCAAACCUCACGUCAAUGACUGGAAAAUUCUUCCAGUUGCAGCUGGCGCCGGAGCUCUUGUAUUCAUUUUGCUUUUUGUUGAAACCGAGAUCACAGAGUAUGGAACUAACUCUCUUCAUCUUCCAUAAAUAAUAUGAAUUAUUUCAGACAAAUGUUGCUUCGCAAAGAUCGCAAAUUGAAAAAAGGUGGCGGCCUUCAUUGGGAUUUGGUGCUGAUGGGUUUUAUUGUUUUCAUCGAUUCAGCUUUGGGAUUACCUUGGAUGUGUGCAGCUGCUGUACAAUCAUUGGCACAUUGCUCAUCUUUAACUGUUCUCAAGAAAAAAGCUCCAGGAGAGCCAGCAAGUGAGAAUUCUUAUUAGAGAAACAGAAUUCAUUAACAAUAUACAUAUUUUUCAGAACCCGUGAGCGUUAUCGAACAACGUACCAACACUUUGAUUUUGUCGAUUGAAAUGGGCAUUUUCGCAUACCUUGGACAAUUUGUUCAUAUUCCAACAGCUUGCUUCUUUGGUGUAUUUUUGUAUUUGGGAGUGGUGAAUUUGUAUGGAAAUCAAUUUAUCAAACGAUUCUUCAUGUUCUUUUUGCCAUCAAAACAUCGUGGUCCGGAUAAGUAUUUGGAGGCGGUGAGUUUGAACAAUUUUGGAUUGGGAUUGGGUGGGUGUAGGAGUGUUGUCAAUCAGAUUUUCCGGUAUCAUACAGAAUACUAUUUCCGAUUUGGUAUGGAUUUUUAGAAUUCCGUAUUCGAUUCAUAAUAUUUUCAAAUACUGAUUUAAAAUUCAAUUUUAUAUUUCUACAGUCAAAUAUCCAAAGAUUUGCAAAACUCUGACGUUUUUUUUUUAAUUCUGUUCAGUCCAGAAAUCAGAAACCAAAGAAAUUGAAUACGAAAGUCCCAGAAAUGUUUCAUUUUCUUUCUUCAAAUGUGUUCUGACCUCAUCAGUCCAGUUUUUGAUCUGAAACAUCACCUGAAAAACGGAAAUCCAAAUCAUGUCACUGAAAGUGGGAUCAAAAAAUGUUUCAUGUGACAAAUUUCUAAAACACGGGUACAUUUUUGAGUUUGGGUACAUUUUCCGUACAUUUUUAAGGUUCUUGUUUUGCAAGCCCGAAAGAUCUUAAUUUUGUGCUCUGGAAUCUCAAAUUUGAAUGUUUGUUGUUAAAAAAAUAAUUAAUUAAUUAUUCUGAAUACAAUAGGUCUCUUUUUCUAAUGAAAACUACAUGAAUUCUUUUUGGAAAAAAAUGUAAUCCAAAAAUAUGCACUACCAUUUCCAGUUUAAACGACCUUUAUCAAAAAAAAAACAAAAACAUUUCUAAAAAUAUUUUAACUAUUUUUUUUCGGCUGAACAUUCUUUGAGCGUAUGAGGCAAACAAUUGAAAGAAGAUAGAGAGGGAAACAAGUGUGGGGUUUGCUGUUUGCGACGACGACAGCGGCGGCGGGCGUUUUACACCCCUCGUUUCACUUCCCGACACGUGCAACUUUGAAUGUCACGUGUUGUUCACAUGUUCUUUGAAAGAAGUCACUUUGUUUGUUUUUGGGGGAAGGCGAAUUGAGGUCACGUGACUCACUCUGCACAUUUCUAAACAAAUUUUUGAGUGAGCAUUGAACAAAAAACUUAUUUUUUUUGGUGAGCAACGUAGGAAAAAAGUUAAUUGAGUUGGCAAAUGGAAAUGAAAAUAGCAUUUUUUUUGUUGUUUCCAUGAAAAAAUGAUGCAAUCGUAAUUUAUUUGGUUGUUUGAUCUCACUAACAUGUGAAUUGAAUGAUGAUUGUUUGCUUGAGAAAACUAGAGAUCUUUGGAGAACAAUUUUGAAAUGAAAAGAUCGGAAGAGGAUCUGGUAUGGAAAUGGAAAGAAAUGAAGUUUGUGGGAACCUAAUUCUCAGACAUGAAUUUUACCAACUUCUCUUCUCAUUGAUAAAUUCUGUCAGAUUUCAUUCCAAUCAUUCCCAAAUUUCUUCCAAAACAUCCCCCUUUUCUCUAUCUAUUCUUUGAAAAAAUAUUGCAUCAGCGCGUCGAUGUCCACGUGUCUUUAAAAAGUUUCCACAUGGUUCGAAUAAUCAUUAUUCAUCAUUUUUCUCUCCCUCACCGUCUAUCUUUUUCGCCACGUUCUCAAGCUUUUCCCCCCGUUCACAAAACCAAAAAAUCAAACAUUCACGAAAACACACUCUUCCCUCUCUCCCCCCAAAAAAUGUGUUCUCUUCUCUCUUAUUUUUCUACUGCUGGGUACUCGGGCACUGGAAAUCUGUUGGUGUGUUGUUUACCUCACAUCGCCCGACCCUGACAGCCAUGCAUGAAAAACAUGUGAAAGUGACACGUGCACGGAAAAUACCCCCCAACAAAAACAACGAUGAUUCUUAUCAACAGUCGACAAUUUUCUUGCCCGUUUUUGUUCAACACACACAAGAGAUUUUGCAUCAUUUUGUUUUGUGAUACAGUCACGUUUUUGUUUCAAAUUGAUAAGGUUUUUGGAAGGUGGUCAAAGUAUACAAUUUCUCUCACAAUAUUUGAACCGACACGUCAUUGAGGAAGGCUUUUUUCCCCGCUUUUAAUGGGCUAGCACAUUAAGACAUAGACAUUAAGCGUGAGAGUGGGAGCAAAUGAAUGUGUUCCGGUUUUGGAGCAAAGGAUCAGAAAAUUAAUUUGCUUUUUUCACGAUAUCUUUUUUUAGAAAGGGCGCAUUCAUUAAAAUAACACACGAACAUUUGGUAGGGGUUAUGCAGAUUAAAAAAUAAUUAGGUUCGCAUUUCUCCAUUUUGCUUGUUGGGUGGUCUCCCUAAUAUUUUUCGGAUAAAUGACGUUUUCUAAUCCGAUUCAGACAAAUAGGAAACCUCCCAAACAACUCAAAGAUUUCCAUAUUUUAGUCUGAAUGGUAGUGACGUUUUUGUUUUUUUUAUUUCACAAAAAUGAGCCCACCGCAUAUUUUGAUAAAAAGUUAAAAGAGGAAUCUUUCUAGUCUUCUUCUUGUGUGGUCCCUUUUAGUGUAAAAAUAGAAUUCAAUGAUGUUUUGGAGGUGUGUGAUGUUACAAAAAUGGGAAAUCAAAAAACACACAAGCCUUGUCCGGUCACGCCAUCAACAUCAAACUAUUCACAAAAAUUGCCUUCACAUGAAAAUCAUUUUUUUCAGAUACCAUUUUUCCGAAUCGUUCUCUACACUUUGAUUCAACUUUCUUUGGUUUGCGCCAUUUUUGCAAUCAAGCUCAAUGAACGUGAGUAGAUUUUCUAACAAAAAAAAUCUGUCUCAAAAUAAUCAAUAAUUUUCCAGAUAUGGCCCUCUUCUUUCCACUUGUCUUGGCUUCAUUUAUCAUUGGACGCCAGCUGAUUUUGCCAUUCAUUUUUACUGAAAAGGAGCUCGAAAUGCUCGACGGUGAGCAUGAGCAAGCAGAAGAAAUCGAUGCUGGCGAUUUGACAAUUGAUUGUUAUUAUAAUACUCGGAUUCCAGUUUAA